AUGAAUGAUGAGGAGAAUCUGUCGGUAGAGCACCUCUUAAACUGCCUGCGCGGCGGCGAUGGAGGCGGCGAUCGCCGCCUGGAGAGGCUGGGCAGCCUCGUGGAGAGAGGCGGAAGAGAUAUCAAGUCGGAUAAGAGAAACAGAGGCAUCGGAAAAAGGUCGUUGUCGUUUCUGCUGAAGAAGGCGCUCCUCUGCGGCGGCGGAUUCGCCGCGGCGCCUCCGAUUAUCAGAGAUCCGCUUCCAGAUCUGAAAAUUGAUCAAUCGACGAUGGAGAAGAUAUUGAGGGCUAUGCUGCACAAGAAGAUAUACCCUCAAAGGCCAACAACUCCAAACAAAUGCUUGGAUAUGGGUGAGGAGGAAGAGGAAGACAACACCACUCAUGGAAGCAAAUGGGAUAAAACAGACUCCGAAUAUAUUGUGCUGGAGAUUUGACGAUCUGCGAUCGGUACAAUUCUUAACUGGAUUGGAGUUUGGGCAUGUUUUUGCCAUGGCUUGCCGUGGCGUUGAGUGCUGAGAGCACUCGACGGCAUGGCUAAAUCGGGUUUUGCCAUGGUUGGCACAUCACUACACAUGUUAUUCUUCAAGAUUCUUGUUGAGAUAUCAAAUUGAUUGUAGAUUGAAGAGCACAUAUAUAUGAGUUUUACACACUGUCUUUA